GGGUAGACUGGGGCCCCCCCGUCCCAAGCCAGAAGGGCUUUGGGAGAGGGGUGUAGCCCUUGGCAGACUCACCUUGUGGCCAAGGGGGGGUAAGAGGUGCCAGGGAGGUGGAGGCCAAGCUCUCAGGAGAGGCCAGAGGGAGUGUGGUUCUCCUCCCCCCACUGGGGGUCCUUGGGCCUGGUGGCAGAGUGCCCUCGGCAACAGAGCCUGUGGGUUGAGGGUUGGAGCAGGUCAGCAUCUGGUGGCCAGGGCACCAUGGCCACCAUCCAGUCGGAGACGGACUGCUACGACAUCAUCGAGGUGUUGGGCAAGGGCACCUUCGGGGAGGUGGCUAAGGGCUGGCGGCGUAGCACCGGUGAGAUGGUGGCCAUCAAGAUCCUGAAGAAUGACGCGUACCGCAGCCGCAUCAUCAAGAACGAGCUGAAGCUGCUGCGCUGCAUGCGGGGCCUGGACCCCGAGGAGGCCCACGUCAUCCGCUUCCUUGAGUUUUUCCAUGAUGCCCUCAAGUUCUACCUGGUCUUCGAGCUGCUGGAGCAAAACCUCUUCGAGUUCCAGAAGGAGAACAACUUUGCACCCCUCCCUGCCCGCCACAUCCGCACGGUCACCCUGCAGGUGCUCAGGGCCCUGGCUCGGCUCAAGGAGCUGGCUAUCAUCCACGCCGACCUCAAGCCAGAGAACAUCAUGCUGGUGGACCAGACCCGCUGCCCCUUCCGGGUCAAGGUGAUCGACUUCGGCUCAGCCAGCAUUUUCAGCGAGGUGCGCUAUGUGAAAGAACCAUACAUCCAGUCCCGCUUCUACCGGGCCCCCGAGAUUCUUCUGGGGCUGCCCUUCUGCGAGAAGGUGGAUGUGUGGUCCCUGGGCUGCGUCAUGGCCGAGCUGCACCUGGGCUGGCCCCUCUACCCAGGCAACAGCGAGUACGACCAGGUGCGCUACAUCUGUGAGACCCAGGGCCUGCCCAAGCCCCACCUGCUGCAUGCUGCCCGUAAGGCCCACCACUUCUUCAAGCGGAACCCCCACGCUGAGGCCACCAACCCCUGGCAGCUCAAGUCUUCAGCUGACUACCUGGCCGAGACCAAGGUGCGUCCACUGGAGCGCCGAAAGUACACGCUCAAGUCGUUGGACCAGAUUGAGACGGUAAACUGCGGCGGGGCUGCAGGGCGGCUGAGCUUCCCAGACCGAGAGGUGCUGGCAGAGCUUGCCGACCUCAAGAGCAUGGUGGAGCUGAUCAAGCGCAUGCUGACGUGGGAGUCACACGAGCGCAUCAGCCCCAGCGCAGCCCUGCGCCACCCCUUCGUGACCAUGCAGCAGCUGCGCACCACCCAUGAGGGCACCCACUACUACCAGCUGUCGUUGCGGGGCUGCCGCCAGUCACUGCAGGUGGAGGGCAAGCCACCCCUGACUGCUGCAGCCGGCGCUGAAGACGGGCCACCCUACUACCGUCUAGCUGAGGAAGAGGACACUGCGUUGGGCAGGGGUGGCGUGGCAAAUGGAGGAUCAUUCUUCCGUGAAGAGAAGGCACCAGGCAUGCAAAGGGCCAUUGACCAGCUGGACGAUCUGAGCCUUCAGGAGGCCAGGUGUGGGCUGUGGGGUGAGGCCCAUGCUGACCAGGUCUCUGACAUGCUGGCCCCACUCAAGGCCACCACCACUGGAUGCCGCAUCCCUAACUCAGGCCCAGAGCCCAUCCUGGCCUUCUACGGUAGCCGCCUGCCAGGUCGCCACAAGGCCCGCAAGCUGCCUUCGGGCUCCAAGUCCAACUCCAACUUCAGUAACCUCAUUCGGCUGAGCCAGGCCUCACCAGAGGACGACAGACCCUGCAGGGGCAGCGGCUGGGAAGAAGGAGAAUGCCAGGGCACCUCUGCCGAGCCACCUGCCAUCCCGCAAUGGGAGGGCGAUGGGCCCAGCAUCAAGGAUGCAGCCAUGGAGGAGAGGUCAGCCCCUGAGCUCUUCAACCCCAGCUGCUGUUCCGGAGAAUGGCUGAGCGAGACUGACUGGAGCAUGGAGGGCAUCAGGGGCCUUCGGGUUCAGGGAGUCCCCGCCCACCACCUCCACCCGCACACUUCACCCCGGGGUACCAGCUUUCUGCAGCACGUCGGUGGGCACCACUGAUGGUGGCCACACCCCUACCCGUGGCUGAAGGCUGCACUAGUUGGGCUGGCAUCCCUUAUCCUGAACCGUUCCUCAGGGCCGUCCCCCAAACCCAUAAAUUAUUCUUACAGAAAGAUAGUUAUCCAGAAGGCUCCCUACCCCCAGCACAUGCCCACAUCUACCCCCAGGAAACAGGAGGCCCCUGAGGUCUGGCCCAUAGCCCCCCUGGCCAGGGUCCGCAGAAACAGGGCUGUACCCGCUGGCCCGAGCUCGCCCUGGUCCUGCUACU